UACUGCCAGUUAAGAGAUGCAGCAGAGAAGCCUCAGUGAUAUAAACACUGCUCAGUUCAACCAGCUCAUCAGGACAUCAAGAACUACCAAUCAAAACAUCAUAAAAGCAACGUGCAGUGAGAAUAAAUCACUGUGAGAUGAUGUGAGUGGGAGAGGAAGCAGUGGUAACAGGCUUUGUUUUUUUUUUCUGUGUGGGAUCAUUUCACACAUGCAGGGAGGAGAGGAGAGAAGAAAGAAGAGGAGAGAAGAGGAGGAGAGAGGAGGGAGCGCAGGGACAGACGGACAGAGACAAAGAGUCUGAAUAAAGCAGGGGAGACACCGGACCUGGACGGCGGCAGCAGCAGCAGCAGCAGACUGACGCUCACAGAUCAAACCCCAGCAAGAAAAUGCCCAAUUUUACAGGAACCUGGAAAAUGAAAAGCAGCGAGAACUUUGAUGAGCUCCUCAAAGCUCUGGGUGUGAACCCCAUGUUAAGGAAGAUAGCUGGGGCCGCUGCAUCCAAACCUCAUGUGGAAAUCAAACAGAACGAUGAGCACUUUUACAUCAAGACCUCCACCACGGUCCGCACCACUGAGAUCUACUUCCAUAUCGGCGAGGAGUUCAAUGAGGAGACGGUGGACGGUAGAAAGUGUAAGAGCUUGGCCACUUGGGAAACAGAAAACAAGAUUUACUGCAAACAGACUCUGGUGAGCGGGAACGGCCCAAAGACCUUUUGGAGCCGAGAACUCAGAGGGGAUGAACUCGUCCUGAUCUUCGGAGCCGACGACGUGGUUUGCACAAGGAUCUACGUGCGUGUGUAGAAGACACACAUCCGCAGAGAUAUGAUUCCAUCUCUCAACUGUGACUGUGGAAAAGAAAAAUCUCAAAUUGUUGAUAAUCAGUUUUGACGUUUUUAGCAUCGUGCACCUUCAUUAAAGACACUUUCAG